AUGUGUGGCAACUACUACGGGGGCUGUGGCUACGGCUGCGGCUACGGCUCUGGAAAAGGCUGUGGCUAUGGCUCUGGCUGUGGCUACGGCUGUGGUUAUGGCUCUGGAUAUGGCUGUGGCUACGGCUCUGGCUACGGCUCUGGCUGUGGCUACAGCUGUGGUUAUGGCUCUGGAUAUGGCUGUGGCUACGGCUGUGGCUACGGCUGUGGAUAUGGCUCCCGCUAUGGCUGUGGCUAUGGCUGUGGUUAUGGCUCUGGCUGUGGCUACGGCUGUGGGUACGGCUCCCACUAUGGCUGUGGCUAUGGCUCCGGUUGCUACUAG